AUGGAGGAACUACACCAGGCAGCUUUAGCAUAUUACAACAAUGGGUCACAAAAUCUUCAGCUGCUGGCAGCCAACUUCUUCCGAUCCAUGGACAGAAAUGGCGAUGGUCGAGUAAGCAAGUCUGAGUUCAUUACAUUUCUUCGGCAGAACGGCUACGGUUGGAUUAACCCUAGCUUCUUCAACAAUCUGGAUCGAAACCGUGAUGGCGGUCUGGAUUUCGAAGAAGUGCUUACAUUUUACUACAUCAUUAAGACCAGGAACUUGUGGUGCGAUGGUUGUGGGGUGUGUCUAAAAGGGUUGUAUUUUACAUGUGUUGAGUGCUUCGACAGAGCCGCCAACACUUAUGAUCUAUGCUCCUGUUGCUACUCCAGCAGGCGGUUCCGCCACAACCACACCUGCUUCUUGGAUAACCAUAUGCUGCUGAGAUCAAAGAGAACGCAACUUAGACAAGCUGGUCUUCCAAACCUGAAUUUGGUAAUCACUCCAGCACGACAAAUUUUCUACCCUCCAGCUACACCUGCUAGGAACAGAUUGCGGCAAACAUUUCAAGCAUUAGAAGCCGCAAUUACAGUUGCAAAUUUGAUAACUCUGUGUACCAUUAUGUGA